AUGGUCGCCGCACUGACAGACUCCAAGGCCAAGGUUUCUUUGAAGGAGAAGUCCUCCAGUUCGGUCGCCCCCCCGGAGGGCGCGGGCCGCGAGGUGAUUACUCUGCCCGACAGCGACCUCAGCGCUGAAUCUCCCGCCGUUCGCCCAGCCCCUGAGGAAGGCCAGGCUAGUGGGUCUAAAAAGCGGAAGGUCGCGGAACCUGCUUGUCCUACGCGUGCGAGCUCCAAGCCGAGAACUGAGGAGAAGCUCGCUGAGCCCCCUACGCCAAAGAGCUCUCUGCCCGCAGGUCCGCGUUCUGCUGACCCGAAGUCAGCUCCGAGGCGCGAACUCCCGGCUCCUCCAAAAUCCUUGGCUGACAUGAUGCGGAGCUUUAGCCGGCCUGGAGCUCGAGUCCCUGCUUUCGAAGACAUGUCCGUGAACAACUGGGAGGACUACUUCCGUUUCGCCGAGAAGGUCGGCGAGAUGCUAUUUGAGUUUAACAGCUCGGUGGCUCAUUACGAAGAGCAACUCUUCGCCAGCCCCUCAGCCACCGAAAUAGGUGCUUUACAAGCUCGGGUCUCCGACCUAGAGAAAGAGGUAAAGAAGUACAGAUCCCUGGAGGCUUCCAACCGAGCUGAGGUCGAGAAAGCGGCCAAAUUCAACAAGAAAUUCAGAACCGUCGAGCUUGACCUGCAGAUUGCCGAAACCUCCUUAGAGACUUGCCAAGACAAGCUAAAGUUGGCUGGGGAGCUGUACUUGCAGGCGACUACCGCCGAAACGGAGGCAGAGAAGGAGCUCCAGGAAAUCAAACUAAGAAAUCAACUCCUGGAGGCGGGGAACCUUUCUGAGAUGGAGAGGGUACGGAGAGAAGAGCGGAGGAAAACGCGAGCCGAGCUCCGGGAUACGAUUGACAAAAUCGGGUCCCACCUCGAGGUGCAUGACCGCCUACUCCCCCAUGCAAUCCGAGCUGCCGAGAUCACCGCCAACCGAAUGCUGGUGGAAGAGAUCGAGAAAGGCGAGAUUGCCGAUCUGAAGGAGGAGCUCGAAACCCUAACGGCUGACGAGGAGGCAGCUCGCCUCGAGGCUGAAAAGGUAAAGGACUUAACGUUUGAUCCCGAACUCGGGCCUGAUCCCGUUCCUGCCUCCCUUAUGAUUGAGGAGCCCCCUUCUGACCCCCCUGUUGUACCGAACCAGGAACUAUAG